GUGCGUGUGUGUGUGUGUGUGUGUGUGUGUGCGCGCGCGUGUGCGUGUGUGUGUGUGCGUGCGUGCGUGCGUGUGUGUGUGUGUGCGUGCGUGCGUGUGUGUGUGCGUGUUUUCGUGUGUGUGCGCGCGUGUUUUGGGGCGUGGGGUGUAGGACCGCCCUCCUGCCGACGGGGGGCAGUGUCGGGCGGUGCCAGUCUGGUUAUUGCUGUUAUGCGGAGUGUUCUGUGUUAGCGACUGCAAUGCUUGGUCUGCUGUGUGUUUCCCGUAAAUCACAUGGAAGUCGUACAGAAGCAGUUUCUCGUGGUCGAGGAAGUGGAGAAAGGCAACAUGGCGUUGAUGAUGCUCUGGCUUUUUACAGUGGCUGCGGUGGUCUCUACAGUGCUUGGAGAAAUAAAGCCCCCAACAAAUAUACGGAUUCGGGCUUUUAAUAUGAAGUAUGUUCUUAAGUGGGAUGAUGCACAGAACAGUAAUUACAGUGUGAAUUAUACUGUAAAUUAUAGAAGCGUCAGUGACUGGAGGAAGGUGAAAGGAUGUGAAAAUAUCAUCCGUAGAGAGUGUGAUUUCACUUCAUCAGAUAUUAUAUUUUCUGGAGAAUACUUCCUACGGCUGCAAGCCCGUCAUGGGAAUCAGACGACGGCCUGGCUGUGCACAGGUUCAUUUAUUCCUGACAAGAACAAUGAAAUUGGUCCUCCUUCAAUACAUGUGGAAUCACACAAGGAAUCACUUACUAUUGAAAUUUCCGAGAUGCUGAUGUCAAAUAACGCAUCUAUACAAACAUUCUAUAAAGAUAUACAGUACAGGAUAACCUACUGGAAAGAAAAUUCUUAUGAAAAUACAAAUGUGAAAAACAGCACAGACAGAUUGGUGGUCUUGAAGCUUGAGCCUUGGACCACAUACUGUCUGCAUGUUUUGGCUUUCAGCUCUGUUUACAGCAGAGUAGGACUGAAUAGUUCAAUUAUGUGCAAGAGGACUGGCGGUAGUACUCCCAAGUGGCUGAUUGGUAUAAGCUUCCUUGUUUCACUAGUGGUGGUUUUUACUGGAGUGGUAGGAUGCACCUUCUGUGUACAUUACAUGUACAGAUGUACAAAGUAUGCCUUGUUUCCCCCACACACCCUGCCAGAACAUUUACAAGAGUGUUUCAGUGAAUCAUCUCAAAGAGCUCCAUUCCACGUGCUGACGUCAGUGGAAGAUUCUGAGGAAUGUUGUGAUCCGCUCAUUGUCAUUACUGAAAACAACAGCUUGAGCUCCUGUUCCGGUUCCUUUAUUUCAAAUACUGAAAAUGAACAGCAAAAUCAAAGUGGUCAAACCAGUGCAGAUUCUGGACGAUUUUCAAAUGCAGAAAGUUCCAGGACUGAAGAUUUUAAUGAAAGGACAUUCACAGAACUCGAUUUACAAACAUAGGCUUUGUACUAUUAAACUGAAACUUCUCCAUCUGAGUGUCCCAUCUUUGAUUUUUAAGUGUUUCCUCAAACUGCCAUGUACCACUGGGUGGGUUUGCAUGUAUGAGGUCAGUGUUGCUAUUAAGUUUAUUUAAUUACUGUUGCUUCUAAAUUUUAAUGCAAAUUUGUUUUAGAACUUUGUCUCUCCUUCUCAGUUCUGUGAACUGAAAUACCAAUGUAGAUUAAAAUCACUUAGACGGAAUAUCUAAGACCAUAUGACAUAGGAGCAGAAUUGGGCCAUUUUGCUCAUUGAGUCUACUCCAUCAUUCGAUCAUCUCUGAUUUAUUAUCCCUGUCAACCCCAUUCUCACAUCUUCUCCAUGAAACCUUUGACACCCUUGUUAAUCAAGAGCCUAUCAACCUUUGCUUUAAACAUACCCAAUGACCCUGCCUCCACAACCACUUGUGACGAUGGAUUUCACAGAUUCACCACCAUCUGGCUAAAGCAAUUGCUCCUCUGUUCUAAAGGGACGUCCUCCUGUUCUGAGGCUGUGCCCUGUGGUCCUAGAUUCAUCCACUGUUGGAAACAUCCUUGCCACGUCCAUUCUAUCUAAGCCUUUCAAUAUUCAGUAGCUUUCAAUGAGAUUCCACCCCCCCCCCCCGCCUCAUUCUUCUUUACACCAGCGAGUACUGGCCCAGAGCCAUCAAAAGCUCUCCCCCACACAUCAAUCUUUCAAUUCCCAAGGUCAUUCUCAUAAACCUCUGGAGCCUCUCCAAUGCCAGCUCUUCUUUCUUAGAUCUGGAGCUCAAAACUGCUCACAAUACCCAAAAUGUGGUCUGCCCAGCGCUUUAUAAAGCUUCUAGUUGGAUAACAGACCUUUUUCAUGGUUUGAAUAGACACGUAGGUAAAAAUGUUUUCGCUCUUAAGUAACAUUUGUAUUUUUAUACCAUUUUACACAGCUACUACAGUGCUACCUGCAAUCCUGUUGUCAAGCUGGUAGCAUAAAUAGGGCUGUAGGGUAUGCCAUUGCAAUGCAAUAAUGCCAUGUAUUCAGUGGUAAUGUAAUUAAGAUAUUAAACAUGGAACAUAGAAAUUUACAGCACAUUACAGCCCCUUCGGCCCACAAUGUUCUGCUAACCAUGUAACCUACUCUAGAAAUUGCCUAGAAUUUCACUAGCACAUAGCCCUCCAUGUUUCUAAGCUCCGUGUACCUAACUGGGAGGCUCUUAAAAGACCCUGUUGUAUCCGCUUCUACCUCCGCUGCCGGCAGUGCAUUCCACGCACCCACCAGUCUGUGUGGAAGAGCUUACCCCUGACAUCCCCUCCGUACCUAAUUCCAAGCACCUUAAAACUAUGCCCCCUUGUGUUAGCCAUUUCAGCCCUGGGAAAAAGCCUCUGACUGUCCACACAAUAAAUGCCCCUCAUCAUCUUGUACACCUCUGUCAGGUCACCUCUCAUCACUCCAAGGAGAAAAUGCCAAGAUAUUUUACAUCUGCAUUUUAAUUAAUUAAAGUAUUUGUCUUUAUGAUCGGGAAUGCACUGCCUGUAGGGUGAUGGAAGUAGAUUCAUUUGUAGCGUUAAGCCAGGUUAAAGCAAAUCUUUUGGUGGUAGAAAUAAUUCACAGAACCUUUUACAGAAAGGUGAAGCGGGUUAUCAGGAUUUACUAGAUGGCUCUGUUAAAGGAUUGGUAGAGUGGUUGUUAGUUGAGUGGCCUCCUAUUCUGGGCUAUUCUGUGAAUUCCGUUGCUGAUUCCCUUCUGCGCACUGUGAUACUGAUUUGCAGAUACAGGGUUGGACAAUUUAAUGCCUAAAGAAUUUUAAGUCCUUGAUAUAAGGAAUAAAUAUGUUCUUGUUCAUAUUUUCAAUUUUGGAGAACUUUUGAAGAUAGCAUGUGCUAUGUUUUGAAGUUACAAAACAUUAUAAUUAAUUGAAACCAGGAGCCGGGAGAUAAAUGUGUGUACUUCGUUUUUACUUUGUGUAUGACAUGGUGGUGGUAUGACAUGCCAUUUACAUACUUUUACAUAUAACUUGUAAUGAACAAGAAUAUGUAAUCAAAUAACAUAUUUACAAUAUUACUCAAAUAUUACUGAAAUAUUAAAUACACAACACCUCUCUACUUGGCUAUAAAUGCCAACUCAAUAUCAAAUGCAUCUCAACUUAUACAUAUAAUAAACCAUAUACUAUAUAUGUAAUACAACUAUAAUAUACAGUAGGCAUCCACAGCAUAAUGAAUUUUAAGUUGUCCCUUUCUUGGAGGGACGCCCAUAUAGAACAAAGAUGAGGAGAAAUUUCUUUAGCCAGAGAGAGGUGGUGAAUCUGUGGAAUUCUUUGCCACAGGUGGCUGUGGAGGUGAGGUCACUGAGUGUAUUGAAAUCGGAAGUUGGUAGAUUUUUCAUGUCAGGCGUAAAAGGUUACAGGAGUAAGGCAGGAGAAUGGAGUGGAAAGGAAAAUGAAUCGGCCAUGCUUAAAUGGUGGCACAGACUCAAUGGACCAAAUGUCCUAAUUCUGCUCCAGUGUCUAAUAGAAUUGAUGUUAAUGCAGUCGCUGGUGCAUCACUCAGGUAAUGGACCGAGAUGUUCUUUUCAUAGGACUGUGUAGUUGGUAGAAUUUCCACAUGCUGCAUUUGCAGCUGCAAAUUAUGGAAUUUAUGAUCACAUAAUUUAAGUAUGAGAUUCAUCUCUUCAUUUAAUGAAUUCUCUACGCCCAAUUCUUUUCUCACGAAGGAACAAUAAUUGUAUUUUCUGUUCUACUGAAAAUAGUCCAGAUCUAGUAGUAAUAGUUCCAUGCAAAAGGCUUUAUCUUCAAAAAUCUUGCCUUAUUGCUGCUCCUGACCCAGAUGGAUGCAAUAAUGAUGAAUAUUGUUUUUAAUGUGUCUUAUAUUUUUGUUUUGUUUUGCACUAGGUGUUAUACUGCAGAGAGCAAAAAAUACUUGAAAUUGGUGUAUUUUUAAAAAUGUAAUGAACAAACCUGAAAUAGUCUCAUUGAAAAUUAAAUAUUUUGUCUUUUUAUUAAUACUAACUUCAUUGAAACCCAGUUUUUUUGGACUGAGUCUAAUGCAUCGAUCAUACUCUUGAAUUCUGUUAAAUGAUUAACUGCAGGUUUUAACUUAUUAAUACUACAGUUUCAUGUGAUUGGUAGUCUGUCCUCUUUAAUAUCAAAUUUUCCACUUCUUAUUGAGAUAUACUUCCACAAGUACCCAAUUUUCCCAUAAAAUGACCAGCGGUUAUAGAUUUCCCAAGAUUCCAAGACUGCUACAAUUUUUUUUUAAAGGAAUAGUCAAUCGCAAUAUCGGUGUUUGCUCUAAAGCUCUUGUGCUACAUAGUACCUGCGAUAUCCUCAUCCCAUGGUAUCUGCCUAUGUUUUUGGGAUUUCCCGAUGUCGGGCCGUAGUCCUUGUGGUCCACAUGAUGCAUUAAGGACCAGUGUAGACCAAUGUCUUCACAUCCUUCCUAUAACAUGUUCAUGCCCUAACUCUCAUUAGAGUCAGAUACACAAGAUGAUUUCCAUUUUAAACCCCCUGUACUUCUAAACAGAGGGGAGUGUCUGCUGCUGCACCUUAUGAGUGUGCUCAGGUUUUUUUUCCUGCAUUUUGGAUGUGGACGUUGGACAAUAGACUAUAUGUUUCAAUCUCUCAGUUUUUAUAUUAUGUGUUUGUCUGAUCCCGGUAUUUUUUGAGCGGGAGGGGAAUUUGGGGGCUGAUGUACCUGAUCAGUUUUGUCAAUUUUUGUUUUCUCUGCAGGAAGAGGGAUUUGGAGGUGGUCAAUGUGCCUGAUCCGUGUUUUUUUUUCUGUUGUGCGGGAGGAGGGAUUUGGGGGUGAGGGUGAUGUUCCUGAUCUGUUUUGCUCAGUUUUUGUGCGUGAGGGAGGAUUUGGAGGUUGAUGUGCCCGUUCCAUUUUUGUUCUUUUUUUUGUGAGGAGAUGGGAUUCGGGGAUUGAUGAUCAUGCUGCCUUUCUUUUCUUUCAUAGCUACCCAGAGAAUUGAAGAAUUGCAGAGUUGUAUAAGUUAAUAACAAAUGAAUCUUUUGAAAACUUCUGUUACAUGACAAGCCUUUGUUUGCUUCCUAAAGGAAGCUACACCCACAGCUAAAACCCAUGUGCAAUGUCUCCUAUUGUUGGAAUAGAAUGUUGGUAAACCAAUAUGAUCUUCUGAAUCAUGCCAAAUAGUAAUUCCUUAUUUCUUGAUUAUUCCUGAGUUAAGGAAAUUGAACGUAUGUAUAUGUCACCAUAUUCCACCUUGAAAUUCAUUUUCUUACAGGUGUUUACAGGAAAAUUAAGAAAUAGAACUUAUGAAAAAAAUCUACAUAACUAAGACUGAAAAAUAUCCUCUAUGCAAAAGAGGGCAAAUUGUGCAAAUAAUAAAUGAAAAAAACC